UCAAGUCUGCUACAAGGCAUCUAGUGGGUUGGGAUCGAGGCUCUUGUACCCAAACAAGUUCAAAGGCUUUAUUUGAUCCCAGCUCAUUCCUUGCCAUAAUUUUCUUCAAAUUUUUUAAUUUUUAAUUUUUUUUUAUCUAUCAAAUAAGGGGAAUGAUGGGCUACAGCAGGGAUCUUGUGUUAACAUGUUUAAUAUGCCUCCUCCUAUUUAGGGCUGACGCCAGAGUCCCCGGAGCUGCUUCAAAAGGAAAAGAAAAAGCAACAAGUGAAGAUACAGCUCUGGCAAAAGCUCCGGCAUCAUCAAAAGGUAAAUCUACAUCUCCAGCAGAAGCUCCGACGACACCAGAUGCUAAUGCUACUGCUCCAGCAGCAGCUCCGACUACGCCAGGAAGUAACUCUACGGCUUCUCCGGCAACGCCGGGAACAGCUUCAGAAGGUACAGUAUUCGAUGUCACCAAGCAUGGAGCAGUUGGUGAUGGGAAGACCGAUAAUAAUAAGGCAUUUACCGCUGCAUGGGCUGCUGCAUGUAAGUCCACGGGCCCAUCAACUUUAUUGGUACCCAGUGGAGACUUCCUUGUUAGUCCAAUAACGUUCGCUGGUCCUUGCACCAAAGCUCCUCUUGUUGAGAUUAAGGGCAAAAUACUAGCUCCAACAACCAUAGUCUCUACUCCAAGUAACGCAUGGAUCUUAUUCAAAGGCCUGAGCCACUUGAAUAUCACCGGUGCCGGAAUCGGAACAGUGGACGGGCAAGGAGAAACUGCUUGGACCGAAAAUAAUUGUCGUCACACCACAAGUUCAAAUUGCAAAGUGCUACCGACCACCAUUCAAUUAUCAGGAAUUACAGGAGGAUCCUUAAGCGAUAUAACAUUUUUGAAUAGUAAAGCUUUUCACGUAACUAUUGGCCAAAGCAAUGACUUCAUCAUUCAUGAUGUCAAGAUCACUGCCCCUGGUUCCAGCCCUAACACAGAUGGUAUCCACAUCAGUGACUCAACCGGCAUCACUGUUACUAACAGUGUAAUUGGAACCGGAGACGAUUGUGUGUCUAUCGGAGCGGGUACCUCGAACAUUGCCGUCACCAAUAUCCAAUGUGGACCGGGUCAUGGCAUCAGUUUGGGAAGCCUUGGAAAAUAUCCAAAUGAAAAGGCGGUGAAGGGUUUGUUGGUAAAGAACUGUAGCUUUACCAGCACCGAUAAUGGUGUUCGGAUCAAAACAUGGCCAGGAGCACCAGAUAACACGGUUAGUGAUAUUAGAUUUGAAGAUAUUACCAUGACAAAUGUGUCAAACCCCAUCAUCAUCAACCAAAAAUAUUGUGACAAGAAGGCAUGCGAAUCUACGCCCUCCCGUGUGAAACUCACUGACAUUCAUUUCAAGAACAUUAAGGGUACAAGCUUCAAACAAACUGCAGUUUCCCUCAUAUGUAGUGAAGGUGCACCAUGCGAGGGGGUAGAGCUCGUUGAUAUCGAAUUGAAACCUGCCGCAGGCAAUGGCGAUGCCAAUUCAACCUGUGUUAAUGUGAAAGGGGUUACUACUUCUGGAGUUCAGGUCCCAAAGCCAACAUGCUAAUGAGUUCAUCGAUCCCCUUGUUGUAUAAUGUGUUUGGUUUCAUGUUUAUCACUUUGGUAGGUACUGAUUCCUCAAACUGGGUUAGGUUGUGUCGUAUAUGUUUCGACCCCUCCCACCUAGCAGGAUCUAUGAAAGGAUAUGAAGCAUCUCAGAAUUUCUUUUCUGGUCAAUUGAACCAGACACAAAAACUUAGAUUAGAUGGCAUAUUGUAUCUCUUGGCUUGAUUCAAGAUUCAAUAUUAAUUAAUAAAAAAUUUCUUCUCUAAA